CCACCACCAUACGAUCAAUCAUUCUUGGGCGUGGGGCGAUCCGCCACAUUAAAUGUCUGUGGGCACUUCCCAACUCCCCCGUUCCAAUCAAAUCCUUACGCCUCUUUUGUACUUGCUGCUCCUUCUCGAACACCAAACUGAUUUCCCCCUCCUCCUCCUCCUCCUCCACCGGCGACGGUGUUGUUAUUAUGCGAAAGAGCAAAACCUCCUUUGACAGAAGAAGAAGGAGAAGGACAUGGAUCAAUCGCUGUGUAGUGUGUCGCUCGCACUUUUCAUCUUCGUCCUCUUCAUAUUGCUCAUGUCCAAGACUUGCGGGAACAGAGCAAGCAGAGCGGCGGGUUGCCGCCUCCCCGCUGGUUCUGGCGGCUGGCCGAUCGUCGGAGAGACCCUCCACUUCGUAUCCUCCGCCUACUCCUCCCAGCCAGAGCAGUUCAUGGAUAGGCGUCGCCGACUGUACGGGAAGGUGUUCCGGUCGCACCUGUUCGGGAGCGCGACGAUCGUGUCGACGGACGCGGAGGUGAGCCGGUGCGUGCUGCAGAGCGACGCGCGGGCGUUCGUGCCGUGGUACCCCAAGUCGCUGACGGAGCUCAUGGGCGAGUCCUCCAUCCUGCUUAUCAACGGCAGCCUCCAGCGCCGCGUCCACGGCCUCAUCGGCGGCUUCUUCAAGUCCGCCGAGUUGAAAGCGCAGAUCACCCGCGACAUGCACCGCUACGUGCUCCACUCCAUGGUCAACUGGCGCCACCAAAACCGCAUCCUCGUCCAAGACCAGACCAAAAACAUAGUGUUCCAAAUUCUAGUCAAAGCACUGAUCGGACUCGACCCGGGGAAGGAGAUGCAAUUUCUAAAGCAACAGUUCAAGGAAUUCAUCGCCGGCUUGAUGUCUCUGCCGGUGAAGCUGCCCGGAAGCAGGCUCUACCGAUCGAUGCAGGCGAAGAAGCGGAUGGUGAUGCUGAUUAAGAGCAUCAUCGCAGAGAAGAGAGCCGAGCGGGCUGACGUUGGCCGGAGCCAGCGCCGCCCACGCGAUGUAGUCGAUGUGUUGCUCGACGACGCCAGCGACGAGUUGACCGACGACCUCAUCUCCGACAACAUGAUCGAUCUCAUGAUCCCGGCGGAGGACUCUGUGCCUGUUCUUGCUACUCUCGCAGUCAAGUACCUCAGCGAAUCCCCUCUUGCUCUCCAACACGUAGAGGAUGAAAAUACGCAGCUGGAGAAGAUAAGAGAAGGAGAAGCACUGCAGUGGAAUGACUACAUGUCUCUAUCUUUCACACAAGAUGUGAUUACGGAGACGCUGCGGAUGGGGAACAUAAUAAGCGGGAUCAUGAGGAAGGCAGUGAGGGAUGUGGAGAUAAAGGGGCACCUCAUUCCCAAAGGGUGGUGCGUGUUGACCUACUUCAGAUCAGUCCACCUCGACGAGAGCCACUACGAGGAGGCCUACAAGUUCAAUCCAUGGAGGUGGAAGUCUUCUUCCUCCAUCUCUCUGCCCCACAGGACAAGGACACGAGUUCGUGUUGCUUUACUCCUUUUGGAGGUGGGCAAAGGCUGUGCCCUGGGCUGGACCUCGCCAGGCUGGAGGCUGCCAUCUUUCUUCACCACUUGGUCACCAACUUCACGUGGGUGGCAGAGGAGGAUCACAUUGUGAAUUUUCCAACUGUAAGGAUGAAGAAGGGAAUGCCCAUCAGGGUGAGAAGCAAGAGGUGAAGAAUUUGCAUUUACAACUCACACGACUUCUGAGAUGGGACCUGGAGGAGCUGGACGGCCCCUGUCAAUCUGAGCUGGGACCUCACGGUCAAGCUCCAACAGGGUAUACUGAUAGAUACUUAUACUUUAUGUGAAUAGAACAAUGAAUGAGACGUAUAAAGUAUGAAUAGAGAGAUGAAAGACAUAGGAUUGCAAUCCCCAAGACGGAGAGAACUAAAUAGAGAGAGGAGUAGGGGCUUGAGUUUUGUUUUGUCAUGCAAAGGUGGCUUUUGGGAAGGAGGGGGAGUAUGCAGAGGCUAGAGCAAGGGCUAAAAAGUUAGUGGGAGCUUCAUUGAGCAUUCCAAGUCUUGACCGCUACCGCUGCUGCUGUGCUGCUGCUGCUGCUGACACUGUGGGGGAGAGGACAAGGAAUUGAAUUGGGGUUGCUUUCAUGCAGUGGGGUUUGUGGCAAUUCAAGACGAGAGCAUCUACUGCACUCUCUUCCCACCUUCCUUGCUGCAAAGUCAAGUGUUCUUCACCUUUUGCUACUAAUAAUCUCUUCAGACCAAAUUACUGCCUUUUUGUGGUUUUGUCUUGGGGAUCAGUGAUUCCUCUUAUUGAAUAUGAUAUAGAUAUUCAGAUGAAUGUAUAGAUUAUGAACUAAACUGCACUGCAACCAAAAUCUAUAGUAAUUUCCUUA